AUGCCUGAGGAUUUCCCCUACUUUGUUUAUCUAGAAUCGUCUGUGCAUUUAUUUGUGUCUUCAACAGCGAAGGAAGCCGUUGUCUUCGAUUUCGACGAGGCUGUAAAAAACUUCGUAGGAAAUGUGUCUAAAUAUAACAAAGCGCAAGUAAGCUGGUGGGACAUGCACGGGGAGCACGUGCACCUCAGGGAAUACGCCUACAAGUACAAAACGUACAAGGUAACGGCAACAGCAGGAAAUCUUGAUUACGGCAACGCGACGAGCAGACUAAAUGAGCCAAAUGUGGUACACACUCAAGUGGUCAGAAACGAGCAGUCGCAACCACAGAAAGUCACCGUCUCAAGAACGGUUGUGCACACGAAGACAUCUAGCUGGACCACGGAAACGGCAUUCCAUUCUUCAUUUUCCGUGAAAGCCAGUACCAGUAUCAAGGAGAUUGCGACCCUCGAAUCCCAGCUAGAAAUCGGCCUGGACUAUCGGUCAGGGAGUGGUGAAAUGCACACUAAGAGCGAGACAUUCACUUUGCAACAAGAAGUCACCGUGCCUCCAGCAAAGACUGUCAAAAUUGAAUGGAUCGUCAGAGAUACCGUAACGAAUGUCCCUUGGACGGCGGCCGUGUUAGUAGAGGGAUGGAUCGCUGUUUGGUACGAGGAGAGAGUUAGAGGACACCAUUUGUGCUUUUAUCCCGUCACCUGGGUCCGGGAUCCACAUCUGAAGCGUGUGGGACGGAACAAGGCUCAAUUCACUGCCACUGGAAUGUACACGGCGGUCAGUGCACACGAGUCUCACCUUCACGUCACCGAAAGCGACCAUUUGCAGGAGAGAAGCACGAAAUCUUCUGAGGUCAAUGCAUACGACAUUCCUCUGAAUCUGACCAAACUAAGAAUUGGGGGAGAGUCUUAG